AAGAAGAGAUAUGCACAUAUCUAAGAGCAACGGGAAAAAAAAUGAAGAAUAAGCCGGAGGAGGAGGAGGAGCCGCUCAGCCCGAUGGCGCGUGUAUUCCAGUCGCCAGUCGUCGACAUAUGUGCCAUCAUCGACUUUGGUUUCAAAACCAAGAUCAAUCCUGACGUUGUUCUUGAUGCUCUGAGGCAUAAUGUCUACAAACAUCCUCGUUUCUCCAGCAAACUGUCUGAAAAUGGUGCAAAAUGGAUCGAGACCGAAGUCAAUGUAGAAGAUCAUGUCAUCGUACCAUACAUAGAUCCAGAAGAGAUAGGUGAAAGUGGACAAAGCUUCGUCGAUGAUUAUAUCUCACGUCUCACGACGAUGCCUCUUGAUAGAUCAAGGCCUUUGUGGGACAUUCACAUCCUUAACGUCAAAACCACUGACGCUGAAGCAGUCGGUGUGUUAAGGUUUAACCAUGCGUUGGCAGAUGGAAUGUCUUUUUUCUCCCUCGUGCUCGCAUGUACCCACAAGACAUCAAAUCCAGACGUGUUGUCUACUUCUAAUCCUUCCGUGAAACGGCGAACCACGAUGCCGCAUAACGUCGAGAAAACUGGCUGGUUCCCAAGGACGAUGUUCACCAUUGGUUCUACAAUGAGACUGAUUUGGAAUACGUUUGUAGAUUUGCUGUUGCUUUCUGCGACAAUGUUGUUUUUGAAGGACACUAAAACGCCACUGACAGGCGGUGUUGAUGUCAGGACCAAUCCAAAGAGAUUUUAUCACCGAAAUAUCUCUCUAGAUGACGUUAAACUUAUCAAGAAUGCUAUGAACAUGACUAUCAACGAUGUUCUACUCGGAAUUACACAAGCCGCUCUGUCUAGCUAUAUGAACCGACGAUAUGAACAAGACAAGAAAAAUGAGAAGGAUGGGGCAUUAUUGACUCCAUUUCCGAACAAUCUUCCAGAUGGAAUACGAUUUCGUGCAGGUUGUACAGUAAAUCUAAGGUCAGACAUCGGGUUCAAGCCAUUGGCAGAAAUGAUGGCCAAGGAUUCAAAGUGCAAAUGGGGAAACUAUUUUAGCUUUAUUAUUUUGCCGUUAUCAAUUGGUUUGGAGACUGAUCCGUUGGUUUACCUAAAAAAAGCCAAAGCUAUGAUGGCUCGAAAGAAGCACUCUUAUCAUGCACCUCUAGUGUAUUUCUUUAUCAAAAUCAUCCUGAAAGUGUUUGGAGCCAAGGCAGCAGCAUCAGUAUUCAAUCAGUAUGUGAUGAACAUAACAACUUGUGUUUCAAAUGUUAUGGGACCUAUGGAAGAAGUCAGUUUCCAUGGCCAUCCCAUCGCUUACAUUUCUCCAAGCUCUUAUGGACACUCACAGGCAUUGUUGGUACAUUACACAAGUUAUGCGGGGGAAAUGACAAUCACGAUGAUGGUUGAUCCUACUGUAAUACCGGACCCUCACAAGAUUUGUGAUGAUAUGGAAGAAUCACUGAAAACAAUCAAAGCUGCUCUCUGGGAAAGAGGGUUACUCUAAGGCGCAUGAGACCUAUUACUAGAUAUAAUCCUUAAAUGGAGUCAGAAAUAAAUGUAGGGGUCAGUCCAAGUAAUGAAAAAAUAAGUUUCUUUUUGCUACUCGAUCAUGAA